UCCGUUGACAACAAUCAUUGUCGCCUUCCAACAGACUUUGUUGUAAUGUGUUAACCUUGUUUUCAUAUGCACUUUUGGAUAAUUCAGCUAUAUUUAGUUUAAACAACGCCCUAGAGAUGGAGGGUCUGGAUGCUGACAAGUACAUCAGGAAGACAUCACACUCAAAAACUAUACCCGGGAGCCCGAGGAAGCCUAAAUCACAAUUACUGAAUAUCAAAUUAAUGACCCCUAAAGCUACGUCCACCGUGAUAGUAAGAAGGACUGAAAGUGAUCCUUGGAGUUCCUUUACUGAAUGUGGACGUUUACGCAGCUUGAGAGGAGUUUGGGAGACUGUACAUCAGUACAAGUUGUCUGUCAAACAGAAGUAUGAGAGUAAGUGGAGCUUUAUGGCUGGUGAACAAGAGUCAUUUUCUGCCCUCUAUACUGAACCACUGAUAAUUCAGAAAAACAGAAACAGCAGUUUUAAGAUCAUCCGUGUGCAUGAGUUUUUUCAGUUGUACAGGGCAGUGACUGUCAUUCUUCAAGGUGACUCUGGCAGUGGCAAAUCCUUAAUAGCACAAAAGAUCAUGUUUGACUGGGCAUCUGAAGAGUUUUCUGCUGGUCAUUUUUAUCUAGUUUUCUAUCUGAGGUGUGAAGAGCUGAUGUGUAUUUCUGAAGAGAUGAACUUAAUUGAGGUCUUGAGUUGCAGCUGUAGUUUAACAUCAAAUCAGAUCUCACAGGUGUUACAGCAUUCACCGGAGAUGGUGCUUUUCAUCAUUGAUGGAUUUGAUGAGCUGAAACUCACACAGGACAUUUAUGACAUGUCAGCAAACACUGAUCCGCUUCAAAAAGCCCCACCUGAGGUUAUUCUUUGUAGCCUUAUGAGGAGAUACCUCAUCCCUGAGUCCAAACUGCUGAUCACCACCAGAGCUACAAAGACAGUGAACAAGCUGCUGAAUGGAGAAAAGUGUUUCACUGAGAUCAUGGGUUUCUCUGAGAAGGUGGUGGAGACGUACUUCCAGAAGUUCUCCAAGAAAGAGUAUGACUGUGUGAAAACAAAUAAAGCCCUCCUCACUGCCUGCUCCAUUCCUGUUAUCUGCCAGAUCAUCAGUGAGGUGUUCAAGGUUGGUGCAAACGUAACAAGCAAACUGCAAACCACCACCUCCAUUUACAUUGACUUUGUGUCCACUCUACUGGAGCAUCACUGCCAGGGUUUGAGUCAGCCUGUCCCGAGCCUGCUGAGGAGUCUGGGUCAACUGGCAGAGAGAGGGAUGCUGGAACAACAAGUGCUGUUUGAUGAAAAAACUAUGAAUGAAACCAUUUCAGACCCUGAUGGGAAUCCAUUCCUGUGCAAGUUCUUCUCUAAGAGAAGAAUCUAUCAGGAGACAAUGUUUAGUUUCAUGCAUCUCAGCUUUCAGGAGUUCUUCACCGCUCUCUACUAUGUCCUUCUGGAUGAAGAAGAGUCCCAGAGGAAUCUGAGGGAGCUGCUUUACACUGUAGAAAGAGGACUGGCUUUGUACGAUUGGUCUGAUAGGGAAUUUUCUAUGGCAGAUGUAGAAGUAAGACAUGCGAAGCUGCUGCAGCCUGUGAUUCUGUUUCUCUGUGGUUUCUGUAAGAAAGAAUGGAUUCCAUCAUUCUUUGAAAAGCACAACAUGGCUGUUGCUAUGAGCAUAGAACCCCAGCUUAAGGAAUGGAUCAAUCAGUGUUCACAGAGAUAUCAAAAUGAACACAUGCUGUUCAUUCUCCAUUGUCUCUAUGAGCUCCAUGAGAAGAGCUUCAUUGAGAAAGUUUUGGAAGGUUUGGUUUUGAUAGAUCUGUCAAAAAUGGCUCUGAAAAGAACAGACUGUUGGGUGUUGAAGUACUGUCUACAGUGCUGUGAACACAUCAGAAACCUGAAACUCCAUGUAACAUCUGAUAAUUUGAAGAUGCUCCAGCCUGACCUGUACCGCUGUAAAGAGCUGUGGUUGAUGAUGGAUUGCAUUCCAGAUGAUGUUGAUGGUUUGAUUUCAUCUGCUGGUAAAGGAAAGAUUCUGAAUAAACUGAUCAUAAAGGAGCUUGAAAACAGUGGAAGUCUGUUCUACCCAGAGAUCACUGUGUCAGUCAGAGAUGUAGACAUCAUAUUGUCUGUUAGCAUGUCAAAGAUAGAGACAUCAUUGAAGAUCAUUGAAUUAACUCUAUCCCGUCCAAGCUCAGUGGUGUCCAUCAUCAACUGGGUAAAAUCACAGAACAAGCCGGCAUUGUGCACGUUUAAUCUUUUGGAAAAGGGACUGUUAACAUUCCUGCAAUCAGUGCUUGAUUUGAAGAAAGUCUGUGUGCAGGUUUUGGUUCUGAAUACAUGUUGCCCUCAAAUCCUGUCUCUCAUUCAGGCCUGUCCCAGCCUCACUGAACUCAGUGUAAUUUUUAGACCUCCGUUCAUAAUGCAAAUCCAGUCCCUGAAGGAAUCAUUGAAGCAGAUGGGUUGGACUCUGACUGUCUGGGGGAAAACAGUAUUAAUUCAACAAGACAGAAGAAGAUUUACAGAGGAGGAGCCGAAGAUUAAUAAAGAAAAGACUGAGAGUAAAAUAGGAGAGAGUUCAGAUUUUGGGAAUUUAAAAGCUGAAUCAUCUACUGAACAAUCAUCCUCAGAAGAUUCAGAAGUUUUUACACCUGAACUACUUCAAGGAGAUGAUGACAAAGACAGGAAAACAUACAGGUUUGUGUGUCCACAUGCUGGUCAGUUUCAGUGCAGUCUGACUUACCUUGUGUUUGUGAUGGAGGGUGAAGGAGAGGUGCUGUAUAGAGUGGUCUCAUGGGAUUCUGGUCGGGUAGAUGGUUUGGGUCAGAUGAAGCCUGCAGGACAUUUGUACAGCAUUGACUGUUUUAAUGGUUCAGUCUCAGGACUGCACCUUCCACACUGUGAAAUAAUCUCUGAGGAAAACGAAAAGAGUUUGGCUGUAGCACAUUUUACUGGCGGUAAUGUAGAAAUAAUGAAGCCUCUAAAAGUGACUGAAACUCACGUGAUGAUUGACAUCAGAGAUCUGUCCCUCUUUGGGCUCAUAAAAAGGAUGAUCUUUUCUCCAUCCCCUGUUGUUGCCCAAGUGCUUCUGUUUCUGCGACCAGUAACUGCAAGACAGAGAGAAAACAUACUGGAUGUUCAUUUGCUCCCAUUAAAUGUUUCACUGUCAGAGGUCAAGUACCAGCACACAGAGAGUAGGCACAUCAAAACCAGUUCGAAGUGUUUGCUUACUCCGGGAACAGAAUACCGUUUAUGUUGUCAGCCAGAGGAAUCUACAGUGCAGCCAGAGACGGAGACUUUUGAGCGUAAUUAUGGUCCGAACUAUCAUCCUACAUUUGAAGUGUUUGUGGAUUUGAACACUGAGGAAAUCAGACUGAGUCUUUUGGAUAAAACUAAAGGAAUGGAGGUUUGGAAACCACGGAGAAUCCUUCUCACAGGGCAAGAUGUAGAACCUCCUGCUCACCAAAGGCUCACAGAAUGUGAAUUUGUGAAAAAACACAGAGAUAAACUCAUUCAGAGAGUUUCAUCGGUGAUGACAGUUGCUGAUGGUCUGAGGGCCAAAGACAUGAUUUCAGGUGAAAUGUACAGUAAAGUUCAUGCUGCAGAAACACGUCAGGAGAAAACGAGACUCUUGUUGGAUGCUCUUGACUCAGGAGGAGCUGCUGUAAAAGCAGAAUUCUACAGACUGCUGAAGAAGGAAGAAUGUUGUCUAGUAGAUGAACUGGAGUGAAACAGAAAGGUUCUUCAGAUUUAUUAAGGUUCUUUAUGGAACCAUUUAGACUAAAAAGGUUCUUCAUGGCAUCGUGAAGUACCGUUAUUCUUAAGAGUGUGCCUGCAAAACUACCUAAAAAACUAUGCACAAAUGCACCUAGGGCAAAAGCUGCUUUAAACACAAAGGAUGGUCACACCAAAUGUUGAUUUAAUUUAGAAGUUAAUUGAUAAAGAAAAUCUAUUUAUGACAUCAUUUUUGACAGCAUCCUCAUUUUACAGCAUUUUUACACAACUGCCUAAAACUUUUAACAGUACUGUAGCUUUGUAGGUAGAAUUUUUUAAAGCAUCUUGGAGACAUUGACAUGGUUCUUCUGAUGUAGUCUGUUUCUGUUUGUUCUGUUUCUUCAUGUCAUUCCAGACAUUUUGCAUCGAGCAAAACUAUUUUAUCUUUUAGAGAGAUAGAGGCCCUUCAGUUAAGAACCAUUUUUAUGAUCUGAAACUGUAAAUCCUUAACGGCCCACUUUAUCAGAAUCAAUCCAUCUAUCCAUCCAUCCGAAAUUUGUUUUACUUUAAUUUUACAC